UAAAUCAAAGCUCCAACAACCAACUGAGAACCAUGUCUGAACCUGUUCCUCUGCUCCAUGGAGAUACGACUCAGCUGGACUUGGCUCAGGAAAGACUCUGUGGAUGCAGACAGAGUUCAGACAUGGCUCCUGGCGUGGAUCAAAGUGGAGACCAUCUGCCAGAAUCUGUGAACGCAUCAGAGUGCUGUUCAUCUGAACUGAUAAGAGUAGUGAAGCACAAACCAAGUGCCAUUGUGUUCAGUGAUCAUGAUGGUAACAGGGACAACAAGGAUAUCUCUGAUGAUGGAGAGUCCUCUUCAUCCACUGCUGAAGAGGGAGAGGAUGAUGAGGAGGAUGUUAUUCCCGAGAUGUCACAAUAUAAGGAAUUCCUGGUUAUUCGUCAGCGUAGAAACUUGAGCAGGAAGUGCUUGAGAAAGAGACCGGAUGCCCAGCCUGAUAACGCUGCAUCCGGCUUGCAAGAGCCCCCCGACGAGGAAGAACCUGAGAUCGCAGGUAGCCAGGAGGAAGAGGUAGCGCCUCAGAACAAUGAGGAAGAGGCUGCCGCAUCCAUGAAUCUGCUUUGGGAAAAUUUGGAUCACCUCGAUGAGGGGACCCAGGAAGUCCAAAACUCCCACUCAGACGAGGCCAAUGACGAGGAGCAGCAGAGCACCACAGGUGCUCGGGGGGGUUGCAGGACGUUGGGCCGAUCACUGAGUCUGGAUCAGGAAACAUCCAGAGCUGCAGACAAGCAUGAGCCACAGACCAGGCAGCACUCACGACCUUUGACCCGCAGCAGACCACUGACCCGCGCCUCCCUCUCUUCCCCUGCACACCUCCAUGCUCGAAGGGCCAGGGUAACCUUGACCUACAAGGAUGCUUUUAAAAAGGUGAGCUAG